AUGCCGCCGGAUCUCGGCCCCAACAAUUCAGAUCAUGGCGAUUUCAUGUGCUCAUCUGACGAGUGCGAAGUCUACACAGAAGCCGAACAACGCGAACGUUAUGGCGACGGCUGUUCCUAUUACUAUCCCGUCUACGUAGGCGAAGUCCUCGAUGACGGGCGCUAUCGCGUCGAGCACAAACUCGGCUGGGGAGGCUACUCCACCGUUUGGCUGGCCCAGGAUAUGCACGAAAAUAAAUCUGUAGCCCUCAAGAUCAUGGUCCCCGGGGAAGAAGGUGAACGCGAGUGUUAUGUGCAUAAUGAAAUCAUCCAAAAUGUGGUUGAUCUUUCGGGUCUCACUAUUUGCAAGAGGGCUUUUUACAUCGACAUCCCGGAAGACCUGAACCAGGGAGCUGUUCUAUUCGACAUGCCACCCAUUGACAACCUCACGACAGCCCAAAGGUAUGAACUAUUCGGCCGGCCGCGAAAGAUUCUCUUAGAUGAAGUGUCCUGGAAACAAGCCGAGCUUGUAGAACCACUCAAGUUUCCAAAAGGCUGCGUUGGGAGCAAUGUCUACCUCGGCGACUUUGGCCUUUGCAUCAAGGCCGGCACGCCAGUGAAGCGCAGGAUGCAAGGGCCCGCUAGGUUCUGCGCUCCAGAGCUAUUCCACGGCGCAGACCCAAGCUUCGCCACUGAUAUGUGGGCUUAUAUGAAUCUCUUCGCUUGCUUUUACCUGGGUACCGAUGCUAUCUGGGGAGAGGGACUCCUACUGACGACCCGCAUCAUUGAGACCUUUGGCCCGUUUCCCGCCCAUUGGAAAGGCUCGCAUUACCUCCAGCAUGUGGAUAAGUCGGGUUGGUUCAACCCAAACCCGGAUAUGGAUUACUGGUAUGACCCGCAGACAAAGACUGUUCCGAAAAUGAGUCUUGAGAGUAAAAUAGAUAGGUUACGCCCUGACAUUAGUGAGAAUGAACGGUAUCAUGCCUUGAAAGUUAUGUACAGGGGGUUCCAAUACCUGCCCGAGAAUAGGCUUACGGCGGCUCAGCUCCUCGAAGACGAGUCAUUCAAGAUUGUCAUGGGCUUCUACGGAAUCUAG